UCUUUAACAAAGCUUAGCCAUGAUGAAGGUGGUGAUCAUAGUUUCUAUGUUCCUUCCAUUAGCUCUUUCCUCUUCCCUUGACCACUGCUCUAAAUGUGGCAAAAUAGAGGUUCCAUACCCUCUUAGCACAUCUGACAACUGUGGAGAUUCUAACUACAGAGUCUACUGCAACAAUGGCACCUUAGAGUUCUUAUCUGAAGGGAACUCUUACUAUAAGAUACUGAGCAUUGAUGCUGAUGCUUCAAGGUUUAUAAUUAGCCCACCAGAGAUAGACAGGAAGAAGUGUUCCUCAUCUGAUCUUAUGGCUGGAGGAUUAAUGAUCAGUGAGAGCUCUCCAUUCAAUAUAUCUAAACGCAACACAGUAAUGUUAUUUAAUUGCCCACAGAGUAUUCUCUCUUCACCUUUGAACUGUUCUUCUAAUAGUCCGUGUAGGGAGUAUGAGGAGCAGGUUAAGGAAGGGAGAGGAUGCCGCAACACUCUAUGCUGUACCUUCUUGAAGGAUGCAUCCAUGACUUCACAUAGGAUCAAAGUUAGGGUUGGAGGUUGCAGUGCAUAUACAAGUGUGGUGGACUUGAAUGCUGAAGAUCCUCCAACUGCUUGGAAUUAUGGUAUUGAGUUACAGUGGGCUCCACCUAAUAUGUAACUGUUAAAACUUAUGUUUGUCAAUUUGCUGUUUCUCGUGAACUUUGUCUAAGAUUUUCAACUAGGGAGCUUGUUGGUCUUUCAUCACUUUGUGAUCAAUAAAUAAGAUCUUCUUGUUGUAAUCUGUGUUUAAUGAAAUGGGUUUGAGUUUGUCUAUCU